AAUGGAGCAGCUCAGCAGUAUUCCUCCUGUCCAGGCCCUGGCAGGACAAGGAUGCUUAAGACAGGAGGAGCCAGCACCCCAUAUAACAAAGCCAAUGAGAAGGCAGAGUGGGCAGCCCAGGGCUGGUAAAGCAGGCAUGCCCCGGACACUGAGUGCCUCCGACAUGGUCACCCCGGGCAGCCUCAGCCCGCCUCCCACAGAAUCCACAGAAGGCGAGCAGGCUGGACAGCCCCUCCUGGACGGAGCUCCAUCUUCAGCCUCUCUGGACACUCUGAUUCAGCACCUAGUGCCCACAGCCGAUUACUACCCCGAGAAAGCCUAUGUCUUCACCUUCCUGCUGAGCUCACGCCUCUUCAUCGAGCCCCGGGAGCUCCUGGCUCGGGUGUGCCACCUGUGCAUAGAGCAGCAGCAGCUGGACAAGCCGGUGCUGGACAAGGCCCGAGUCCGGAAGUUUGGGGCCAAGUUGCUCCAGUUGUUGGCCGAGUGGACUGAAACCUUCCCCCGGGACUUCGAGGAGGAGUCCACCAUUGGACACCUAACAGACGUCGUGGGCCGCAUCGCCCCGUGUGACGAGACCUACGGGAACAGGAUGCAUCAGCUCCUGCAGACCCUGCACCAGAAACUGGCAUCACUUGGCCAGGGGCCAGAAGGCCUGGCAGGGGCGGACAAGCCCAUCUCGUACAGGACCAAGUCUCCAGCCUCCAUCCACAGGGAGCUCCUAGGUGUCUGCAGCGACCCCUACACGCUGGCCCAGCAACUGACCCAUGUGGAGCUGGAGCGACUAAGACACAUAGGACCUGAGGAGUUUGUCCAGGCUUUUGUGAACAAGGACCCCCUGGUGGGCACAAAGCCCCGGUUCAGUGACAAGAGUAACAACGUAGAGGCCUACGUGAAGUGGUUCAACAGGCUGUGUUAUCUCGUGGCAACUGAGAUCUGCAUGCCAGCCAAGAAGAAGCAGAGAGCUCAGGUGAUCGAGUUCUUCAUUGAUGUGGCCCGUGAGUGUUUCAACAUCGGCAACUUCAACUCCCUCAUGGCCAUUAUCUCCGGUAUGAACAUGAGCCCUGUCUCCAGGCUGAAGAAGACUUGGGCCAAAGUGAAAACAGCCAAGUUCUUCAUCCUAGAGCACCAGAUGGACCCAACGGGGAAUUUCUGCAACUAUAGGACAGCCCUGCGUGGGGCAGCUCACCGCUCCCUGACUGCCCACAGCAGCAGAGAGAAGAUUGUCAUCCCCUUCUUCAGUCUGCUCAUCAAGGACAUCUACUUCCUCAACGAGGGCUGCGCCAACCGCCUUCCCAAUGGGCAUGUCAACUUUGAGAAAUUUCUGGAACUGGCCAAACAGGUUGGAGAGUUCAUCACCUGGAAACAAGUGGAAUGUCCUUUUGAGCAAGAUCCCAGCAUCACCCAUUACCUGUACACCGCCCCCAUCUUCAGCGAGGACGGUCUGUAUUUGGCUUCCUAUGAGAGUGAGAGCCCAGAGAACCAGACAGAAAAGGAGAGGUGGAGAUCCCUAAGAUCUUCUAUUCUGGGGAAGACAUGAGAAGCCGAGACAGAGGAGGAGGAGGAGGAGGAAGCAAUGGAGCUGACAGCCCAUCCCAGCUCCAUCACAGAUGGCCCAACAGGUGGAGGUUGACGCAAAGCCUUGCUACUUUGCAAACCAGACCCUGUGGCCUGGCACCUGCCACAGUGGCCGCAUUGGCCUAGGAAACCUUUUACGGGAUCUCAGCCCUGGCUGACCUGCAGGGCCUCCAAGAGCAUGGGUAACAUGCCUUGGGCAAACUUUGCCUUCAUGACCAAGUGGGUCACAUACUCAAUCUGUCCAUUCUGGACAGGGACACGGCGCUACCCCAAUGGGCUGGGCGACUGCAAUCACAUGAUCUUGUUAAGUGACGUGUGCUGUGGAGAUGAACACCACCAUCUGUC